CGUUUCAACUUUCAAAGCCCCUUUUUCUCUGUAAUCAGGCAAUCAAAUCAAAUUCAAUUCAAAUCAUUUCUCGCAAAAAGUAAUGGUGGAAUUGCAAUUUCCCGCUGGAUUUCGAUUCCACCCAACUGAUGAAGAGCUUGUGAUGCAUUAUCUAUGUCGAAAAUGUGCGUCACAGCCGAUUGCUGUUCCUAUUAUAGCUGAAAUUGACCUCUAUAAGUACAAUCCAUGGGAUCUUCCUGAUUUGGCUUUGUAUGGGGAAAAAGAGUGGUAUUUCUUUUCGCCGCGAGAUCGCAAGUAUCCGAACGGUUCACGACCGAAUCGAGCUGCGGGAAAUGGAUAUUGGAAGGCAACAGGUGCGGAUAAGCCGAUUGGUCGUCCGAAGUCAAUGGGAAUUAAGAAAGCUUUGGUAUUUUACGCAGGCAAAGCUCCGAAAGGAGAAAAAACCAAUUGGAUUAUGCACGAAUAUCGGCUUGCUCAUGUGGAUCGAUCUGCUCGUAACAAGAACAAUAGCUUAAGGCUUGACGAUUGGGUUUUAUGCCGAAUUUACAAUAAGAAGGGUAAAAUUGAGGAGAACCAAUUGAAUAGUCGAAAAAUGGAUGUUGGAAUGUCGCCGGCGGCGAGCGAAGGUGAUAUAAAGCCAGAGAUUAUGCCGUUUUCAGUUUCAACAAGGCCGUCGCACCAGAUUUACGAUGACUUGAUGCACUUUGAUUCGUCGGAUUCUCUCCCAAAACUUCACACUGAUUCCAGUUGCUCGGAGCACGUGCCUUCGCCGGAGUUCACAUGCGAGAGGGAAGUUCAGAGCGAGCCGCCACUGAAACUGAGUGACUGGGAGGAAAGUGCCCUUGAUUUUCCAUUUAAUUACACAGAUGCCACUACCACCACCAGUUUGUUUUGUUCUUCUCCGUUCCAGAGCUGUUAUGAGACGUCGCCGCUUCAGGAUAUAUUCAUGUAUCUACAAAAGCCCUUUUAAGUGGGGCCCUCCUCCUUCAAUUUUUGAUCGCACGUGCGGAAGAGACCGAAGUCAAUGACUUGGCACGUGCAGAUGCAUUGUAGAAAUUAAACGCCUUUUUCUAUUGCUUUCAUAUUGGCGAUUGUUUUAGAGAUAAGAGAAACAAAUUGGCGUAUAUAGUUUAGUACAAGGUAGAACAAUAGUAGAAAAAAAGCUGUGAAGUCGAAUUUUUAUUGUAUUUAUUAGAAUAUUUAUGCAACUUUUGGAUUGAUACUCACAAA